GUAAACAUUAAGAGAAUCCUCCCAGCCAACCUCUGAGAAAUACUGCAGGGCUGGAGUAUGCUGGUAUGGAUCCCUGCACUGUGCCCUGCUCCUGCGGUGAUCUCGGCGCUGGAUUGCCCCACAUCACAGGGAUGCUGCUGCUGCUCUGAUGCUCCUGUGUCUUGCUGCACUUGCUUUGCAGCUAAUGAUUAAUUGCACUGCUCCGGAGCCUGUACUGCGCAUGCUGCAGGUACACACUGCUCCUCCAUCUUAUGCUUCCUGCUAAUGCAGCUACCGGGACACAUCGUUUAAUAAAUAAAGGCAGCCCUCUUGGCGGCUUAUUUCUUUCACCAUCGCGUGCGCCUCCGAAGAUCGAAAGGGCGACGCAAUUCAUUGAAGACGAGAAGAAAAUGCAUGGCUAUAGGCAGCGCGGAGCCCGCUGAUUCGCUUUUCUCGGGCAUCUCCUUCAUCAUGCACGUUUAAAGGGACAGACGAUUUGCAUUUGCUUUAUAAUGGAUGUUUACUUAGCUAAACGCAGUGCUUGAAGAAAAGCUGUGUCCUGCGAGCCAAACCUCUAGGUUAUUUGUCCUGACUUUUAUGUGUGGAGAUGAAGUUCAUAAUAGGCAUUCUCCUGUUUCUAGUGUUUUCCCUUUGGCUGGAUGAAGUCCAUUCCAAGGAGAAAUCCUCAAAAAAGGGGAAAGGGAAAAAGAAGCAAUAUCUGUGCCCAUCGCAACAGUCCGCGGAAGACCUUGCAAGAGUCCCAGUUAACUCUACUAGCAACAUCUUGAACAGACUUUUGGUUAGUUAUGAUCCGAGGAUCAGACCAAACUUUAAAGGUAUACCAGUGGAUGUUGUUGUCAAUAUUUUUAUUAACAGUUUUGGAUCUAUUCAAGAAACCACUAUGGACUACAGGGUUAAUAUUUUUCUACGGCAAAGAUGGAAUGACCCUCGGCUCAAACUUCCCAGUGAUUUCAGAGGUUCCGACGCACUGACAGUGGAUCCCACAAUGUUUAAAUGUCUCUGGAAGCCAGAUUUAUUUUUUGCAAAUGAAAAGAAUGCCAAUUUUCAUGAUGUCACCCAAGAAAAUAUUUUACUAUUUAUAUUUCGUGAUGGCGAUGUGCUUCUUAGCAUGAGGUUGUCCAUUACCUUGUCCUGCCCGCUGGACUUGACCUUGUUCCCCAUGGAUACUCAACGUUGCAAGAUGCAGCUAGAAAGCUUUGGAUACACAACAGAUGAUUUGCGGUUCAUAUGGCAGUCAGGAGAUCCUGUUCAGAUGGAAAAAAUUGCAUUGCCUCAGUUUGAUAUUAAGACAGAAGACAUUGAAUAUGGUAACUGCACCAAAUUCUACAAAGGCACAGGUUAUUACACUUGCGUGGAAGUAAUCUUCACGUUAAGACGACAGGUUGGGUUUUACAUGAUGGGUGUCUAUGCUCCUACCCUACUCAUUGUUGUCCUUUCUUGGCUCUCCUUCUGGAUCAACCCUGAUGCAAGCGCUGCAAGAGUACCAUUGGGUAUAUUUUCAGUGCUCAGCUUGGCAUCUGAAUGUACCACGCUAGCUCAAGAGCUGCCAAAGGUAUCGUACGUCAAAGCAAUAGAUGUGUGGCUCAUCACCUGUCUUCUGUUUGGGUUUGCUUCUCUUGUGGAGUAUGCUGUGGUCCAGGUGUUUUUGAACAGCCCAAAGAGAAUUGAAGCAGAGAAAGCCAAAAUUGCAAAGGCUGACCCACCAGAUGGAAAGGGCGGCAAUGCAGCAAAGAAGAAUACUGUUAAUGGAACUGGCACUCCUGUGCAUAUCAGCACCUUACAGGUCGCUGAGACAAGAUGCAAGAAAGUGUGCACGUCAAAAUCGGACCUGAGAUCCAAUGACUUCAGCAUUGUUGGAAGCUUACCCAGAGAUUUUGAAUUGUCAAAUUAUGAUUGUUAUGGGAAACCCAUUGAAGUCAACAACAUUCUUGGAAAAUCUCAAGCAAAGAAUAACAAAAAACCACCUCCUGCCAAACCAGUCAUACCAUCAGAAGCAAAACGAAUUGAUCUUUACUCAAGGGCACUCUUUCCGUUUUGCUUCUUGUUCUUCAAUGUAAUAUAUUGGCUAGUAUAUUUAUGAUAACAUUUUAUCCCCAUUUAAGUAGACAUAAGCUACCAUAAAUAUCACACUCCCUAAGGCUGACCUGUGAUCUUGUCUACAUUUGCAAAGCAAUACUUUUCAUUGUAGAUGUCAUGCUGUUGUAAUGAAAAUGUUUUUUUUUUAAUGGAAGCAUGACACUGCAAUAUCCUUGCUUAAAAUGGUGUAUAUAUAUAUAAAUGUAAGUUAUACUUUCCGCGAUAAACAGUUGAAUAAAAUAGUGUAAAAUGCAUAGAAAUCUACUGUUUGAAACAUGAAAGCCUAUGCUUCCAAAACAUAAAA